UACUGAUGCUUUACAUCACAACACUGUUGAAUUCUCCAGUCUGAUUGGUCAGAAGGCGUUGGAGACAUUUCUGUAACAGCAAGAUUCUGAUUCCAGCUGCAAGGGAAAUUACAGCUUUAUAGUGAUGUGCUCGUUCUCGUUCCUAUAGUAACAGCUCUUUCACAGGGUCUAGUAUGGCAUACGCAAUACAUAGUCUAAGCUUAAUCGUAAACAUAUUAUAAACAUGUCACUUAAAGAAAAAGACGUAUGAUCAUUGUGAUCUAGUUAAGAUUUAUAAGUUAUCUAUUUAUGGAAGUUUUAUGGAAGUAGUCUCCAGUGUCACGGCAGAGAGGACAUUGCACUUUCCAGUUUCUCAGUAACAUUGCAAGUCUUAUUCAUUUCAAGAGUUAGGGUGGGGAAAGAGAGGCUUGUGAGGGAACUAUUGUUUUAUUUUAAUGUUAUAAAGUAAGAGAUCAUAAUGAGAACUAACUCUCUUUUCCAGGACAUUCCAAAUUGUUCUUUGGCUAUGCCCCAUGUUUGUGCAAUAUUUCAGACCGGUUUUUCCUCUUUUCGCAGCUUCAAAAUGGCUUGCUUUUCUCCCAUAGACAGCUCUCUGGUCUUCAUGUCAGUUUAUUCUUUUUAACAACAAAUGCUGUCUCCACAGGUGAAACCCAGGGCUCAAACCAAGAGAAGACAUUCAGAGCUAUUCAUUCUUUAAAGUCCAUUUAACGAGGUACACCUGGCCAGCAAGAAAAAAACAUCAGUCACUCGUUCCAGUAUUUUUGAACAGUUAAUGAAUAGGAUGGCUUCAAAAAAGCUGCCAUAUUUUAAGCUGUGUAACACGUCUAGAUGUAAAUAUGAGGAAAUGAAAGCUGAAAUUCUGAUCUAUCGUCUCAUAUUCGUCUUUUAUCUCAAACCCAAAUGUCUUCAGUAUACAGCAAAAGCAAGUGAAUUGGCCUUGAUGUUCCAAUACUUUUGAAGAGGACUCUAAUUGUAAGAAUUAAAUAUAAUUUCCGUACUGAACAAAGACUGAUUAUCUGUUCAGGCGUUAUUGUGCAGAUCCACAUUUAAGCAUCUUACUAUACACUGUUAAACCCAGUGUUUGUGUUCUUUCUUUCAGUUUCCUUCUGCUUCUGAGUUCAAAGAGCUUUUUCUCAUCCCCAUCCUGGAUCGCCCCUACAGCUGCCUGUUUGGUACAUUCCUCUACAGCAGUGAGCAGGAGAGAAUGGAAAAGGAAGUACAGGGUAAAACAGUCACUGUGGUCCUACGUUAACAGUCAGCCGGAGGACUUCACUAACCCGUUCUAUGUGGACUGUAAAAACCAGGUGCUGUAUCCACUGGCCAGUCUCACACAUCUGGAGCUCUGGGUGGGUUAUUAUGUGCGUUGGAACCCACGCAUGAGACCACAGAUGCCGCUCCAUCAGAAUCUGAGAGAGUUAUUGUUUUUGCGUGAAGAACGUGGAGGAGCUCCAGAGAGAGGCCACGUCAUCCUGCUCCAUCUCCUCAUCCUCAGAGCAUACUUCUCCCUCCUCACAUAGUGGAGGCGGUUCAGCUGGACGGAGAGAUCCUGCAUGCGCUGUGAAGCGAGUGUGUUCUGUGGCGUAUCGGCACCUGGACAAGCACAAGAUCGAGCCGGUGCUCUACAUGAUGGAGUGCUUCAUGUGCGCCUUCUCCAGAACUCUGCCCUGGGCCACGGUCCUCAGAGUGUGGGACAUGUUCCUGUGUGACGGAGUGAAAAUGAUAUUCUGUGUGGGUUUGGUGGUGUUGACGUCCAUGCUGGGUACUCGGGAUAAGCUCAAGGCCUGUCCGGGUCAGUAUGAGACCAUGGAGGUCCUCAGAGCGAUUGAGCCUAGAUACAUGCAGGAGGGCUUCUUCGUGCUCCAGGUUCUGGAGUUGCAGGUAUCGGCACAGGACGUGGAACGUGAGCAACGCAUGCAGCUGAAGCGCUGGAAGAAGAAGCACGGCAAGCCCGGCCCCAAACUCCCUCAGAGAAUGCACAGUGCUCGCACCAUCAUGGCCACCGAGCCUCAUACACACCAAGACCUCCGCCAGAAACCCACCAUUAUGGUCCAGUACCCAUCGAUCCCUGAGGAGAAGUCCGAGCCGAACCUCAGGAAGAAGAGAGGGAGCCUGAAGAAAAACCAAGCCCUCAUUCCGAACCCCUACGCUCUACCUGGCGAGUCUAAACCUAGUCAGAUAUUGGACAUACAGCUUCUGAACCAGGAAAAUCUCAAUCUUGUACUUCCAAAUACACCAUCACAUCCACCACGGCUCCCUACAAUGCAGGAAAAUCAGGUCAAAGAGACGAGCACUUCUACAGAGCGACUCGUGCAGCGUCCUCGAAUUCCUCCAUCGAUAAGAAACUGGCGGAAUCUAUCCCACUGCAACAUCUAUCCCUCCUUACUGCUCCUGUACACGGAUCACCUUCAGCGUAGCGUCCUCACCUGCUGAAAUGUGCUCCUGUCCAAUCCGGACAACCUGACCAUGAUGAGCUCCCUAAUAAUACAUAAAACUCAGCCACCAUUUUGGAUCCAUCUACACACUCAAGCCCUCUGCUAACGCACAACGCACCUGCCACCCACGACUCUCCUGCUGCUCCCGAGUACAAAAAGAACACUCAUUGAUUUUUUUUUUUUUUUGUUGUGCGUGUUAAACAGUGUGAUACGUUGAGGAAUUGAUUAUUGGCACACGUCUACUGAAUAGCAAGAAUCGUUAAGUCUUUAACGUGUGUAAACUAUACUUGUUAUAAACUAUACGUGUUAUAGUUUACACCGGAGGAACUGCAAACAAUCUGAGAGAGGACCACACUUGGUCCAAAAAUGUACACACACUCCACAAAAACUCUGCAGUGCCUGAGGAGUGUUUACUCGCUCCAGUCUUCAGAAGGGAAACUACCUACAGAUUCACUUUUGAAAGACUUUCACAGGCAUCACAAACAUUUGUUUAUAUUACACUCGUAUCAAUUUGGCAGGUUUUUUUCUUCUUAAUCCGAAGCAACCACCACUUCUUUGUGUUUGUAUUUCACAAAUUUCCUUACCACAUCUUACAAGAGCUGCACGACAAUCACAACAAUCCUGUACAAUAGGCACAGCCUUUUCAUUAACAUAACCUCAGUGAAAUAUCCUCUGUCUGUAUACUUUACACGCAAACAAAACAACUCAAGCUGAGAACUUUAUUGCUGAUUCACGUUAUACCACACCGCCUUCUAAUAUAGAUCUGAUCUAUAUUAUAUAUACGUGUACCUUAGAUAAUGCCUCUCUGAACGCCAUGGUGGGACGUUCCCGAGUUGAAGUACUGUACAAGUCCUAAGCAUUAGAUCACCCCAAUUACUCUUGUAUACUCUUUCCAUACCAUCGUGAUCUUUGCCUGACGAAGCCAUACACAAAUCAUAAUUGACAUUUGGGGCCUAAUUCUAAAAUCACCACAUACCAAAUGCACAACCGUUUUGUCUUGCUGCCAUCACAAAAUAAUAAUGUUUAAACCUUAAGUAACAGAGUCACGGAGGGUGUAUAUAUUUUUCACACUACAUGAAGUUUUGGGAUCCUUAUAGACUGUGGAACAGAAGUGUACUCAGUGUGUCUCCGCCGUUUUAUUUCAUAUUGGAGUACAACCAUUUUUCUUUUUUACCAUUAAGGAUGAAACACUUGUUUCUUUUAAAACACCGUCUUUAAAUGUUUUUCUACCUCCUAACUAAACCCUCGGACUUAAGACACGAUCUUUGGAGCUGUUGACGCCCUGCUCAGGGUUAAACAACAACGUCUUUACAUUACCUUCAUUAAUAAUUUGUCAAUCUAUCCUCUUGGUUUUUUUAUUUUUUUUUGUAGCAAAAGUCAGGUCCUCUCUCAUUUCAACAGGUCCUCUUGUUGGUGAAUACACAGCAAUCUUCUAAGGGUAUUAGCAUUUCUCGGAGCAGACAUUGUAACAGAUAGUUGCAGAGUUUCUUCUGUGUUUUAACUACAACAUCUUAACCAUAAUUUUAACACUGAGACACAUGACUCCCUUUAAUUCGUUAACAAACACAUUUGUAAGAAUUCUGGUCAGCAAAACCCCCAAAAGAACACCUGUGUGUCUCUCUCUCACACCCACCCCCACACACCCACAUGGUCAUCAGAGGUCAUAAAUGUACUGCUGGGACAUGGGAUGUCAAAGCAUAGACGAAAGCUUAUGUAUUUAGCGACAGUUCUGUGUAAGUAUCCUCGUUGGCGGACCAUUUUCUGAAAUCUUGUUUAUAGUUUAAACAAAAUGCACGACUCUUUUAAAACACCGUCUUUAAAAAAGGUUUUUCACCCUUAAAUUAACCUGGUUAGAAGGUAGGAUAUGUAAUACAUAUUUUCAUUUUCUUCAGACAUAUUGUCACUUCAGUCUUCACAACAAAUAACACUGAUGAUUUUGACCUUUCUUUCAGUAAAAGAGAACAACGACAUCAUACAGCCUUGAAGGACUGUAGAAAUUUUUAUUUUAUCAUCCUAAAUGGUUAGGUUUAGAAGGCAUGUAAUACGCGCGUUUCUUAUAAAACACCGUCUUUAAAACGUUUACCUCCUAAAGGGACCUAUUUAGAAGGUAUGUAAAAACUUUUUUUUCUUUUUGAACAUUUGAACAUCGGGUAUAUCAAUGUUUUAGAGUAUUUAUUUCAGUAAAUUUUUAUUCAAAGUCAUGCCAAUUUCUCAAAAGUGCAAUCAAUAAAGUUUAAUUUAUUUCACAA